GCUGAGCUGUGAUCAAAAUCGAGACUAAAGAUGGCUGCAGGCAAGGCACAAAUUGGAAAGCUGGCCCCAGACUUCACAGCCAAAGCGGUGAUGCCAGGCGGACAGUUCAAGGACAUCAAAAUGUCAGACUACAGAGGAAAAUACGUUGUUUUCUUCUUCUACCCUCUGGACUUCACCUUUGUUUGCCCAACUGAGAUCAUCGCUUUCAGUGACGCUGCCGAAGAGUUCAGGAAGAUUGGCUGUGAGGUCAUCGCCGCCUCCGUUGACUCCCACUUCUCCCAUUUCGCAUGGACCAACACACCACGUAAGCAGGGCGGUCUGGGCACCAUGAAGAUUCCCCUUGUAGCUGACACAUGCCGCACCAUCUCCACAGAUUACGGUGUCCUGAAGGAGGAUGAGGGCAUCGCCUACAGGGGUCUGUUCAUCAUUGAUGACAAGGGCAUCCUGAGACAGAUCACCAUCAAUGACCUUCCAGUUGGACGCUCUGUUGAGGAGACCUUGCGUCUGGUCCAAGCCUUUCAGUUCACUGACAAGCACGGAGAAGUCUGCCCCGCCGGCUGGAAACCAGGAAGUGACACCAUCAAACCCGACGUCCAGAAGAGUAAAGACUUCUUCUCCAAACAGUAAUAAGCUAGAGGCCAGAAUCUGCUGUCUGCUGUAGGAGAUUUCAUAUAGAGAUAACAUUUCUAGAGAACAAUAUUUAAACUCUCACCGCUGUGCCUGUGGAGGAGUGGUGAGGAGGCAGUUUCUGUAGUCAACUUGUUUUGUGUGUGCUUUUGUCUGUAGAGUGAACAGUGUAAUUAUGACCAAAGUAUAUAAUCGUGUAAUUAUGUUGCAUGCUGUUUUGACUCUCUGACUGAGCUAAAUAUGUGUUUGUUCAUCGAGUCACUCCAUUACUAUUGUUAGAUGCAAUGGGCCUUACAAACAUUUUAUUGGAAAGAAGCCACAAACACCUCUCCUCAUCAUGUUGUAUUUUUUUUUGUACUAUGUCCUUUUUUUCACAGUGAACAUGUUUGAUCUAAAUAAAAAAUACAGUGUAAAA